GCUAGAGCAAUAGAAUGCGUCCAAAUUACGUGCUAGUGUAUUGUUAUUCUUGAUUCUCGUCUUGCGCAGUUGGCAGUAGAAGUUGCAAGCAGCGAUCGAGAACUCAAUCUCACCUCGUCACCAAAGUGACAUGCACGGACAGCUGUCAGCCUAUUUCCCUUGGUAGCAAAUUACUAACAAUACAGCUACUGUAAACAGACCGGAACCGGAACCACCAUCCUUUCACAAAUCUUAGAAGUUCCCGUCAAAAGGUCCCGGAUUAACAGGUGUUUGUAAAGUACGUAUCUCCUCUCUGACCUCCUCUGAUCUAAUUCAGCAACAAUGUUAGCUUCAAAACUGUUCAGGAGAAUGGCAUCUACCGUCCAAUCAUCAGUCAGUGUUGUGACUGUGAUUGGAGCUGGUCUGAUGGGUUCAGGCAUAGCACAGGUUGCAGCACAAUCCGGUCUUAACGUUCAUUUGGUUGACCAAUCGGAGGGACUCUUGGAAAACGCAAAGGAGAGAAUAGUAACGAGUUUAAAGAGAGUCGCCAAGAAAAAGUUUGCAGACAAUGCGCAGAUGAGGGAAUCGUUUGUGUCCGAUUCGGUUGACAAGAUUUCAUUUAACGUUGACGGAAAGGCAGCAGCUGCAUCUUCUGACCUAGUGAUUGAAGCAAUUGUCGAGAAGAUAGAGGAGAAACAGAAACUUUUUCGGGAAUUGGAUCUCGUCGCCCCAUCACAUACAGUGUUUGCUACCAAUACUUCUUCACUGCCCGUGUCUGAUAUUGCCAGUGCAACGAAGCGACUCGAUCGAUUUGGCGGCUUGCACUUUUUCAAUCCUGUCCCAGUCAUGAAGCUUGUGGAGGUUGCAAAGACACCCGAGACGAGCAAUGAAACAUUUGAUCUCCUUACGAAUUUUGGGAAAACUGUAGGCAAGCAUCCAAUAUCAUGCAGGGACACUCCAGGAUUUGUUGUCAAUCGUCUACUCGUGCCCUAUCAGAUGGAAGCAUUUCGAAUGCUAGAGAGAGGUGAUGCUAGUGCUGAAGACAUCGACAUGGCCAUGAAACUGGGAGCAGGGUAUCCGAUGGGUCCUUUUGAAUUGAGCGACUAUGUGGGACUGGAUACGUUAAAGUUUAUUUACGAUGGUUGGCAUGAUCAAUUUCCAGAGAAUCCCCUUUUCAAUCCUUGCGCUCUUCUUGACAAAUUCGUUGAAGAAGGCAAGCUGGGAGUGAAGACGGGCGAAGGAGUGUACAAACACGGAAAAUAGGAGACGUAGUGAGAACUAUGUCUCUACAAUUUGUAAUUGUUUGAAAGCAUGUGAUUGGCUGUAAUCAAAUGCUGGUUAUGCUU